ACGAGGCCAAGAAACGAGAAGAGGAGGAGAAAGAAAGAAAUAAGAAGGAAGAACAGAAAGAACGGAACGGGAGGACCUCGAAGCAAGAAAAUUGGGGAUAGACUCGAGAGAAGGCUUGUGAGCAUGUAUGGGACCGUCCUACCAGCGGGCGGCAAGUUGGUAAUGACGACGGCCGGGCAGACGAGCGGUUCUGGCAGGGAAGACGAUGAACUGACUAAGUUGAGAAGAGAGAACUUGAAUGAAGAAUAUAGGAGGAGGUCGGAGAGGGAGACAAUGAGCAACGAAGGCUUGGUUGAUCGAUUAUUGGGAGAAAACCAGGACUUAAGACGGAAGGCCUGCUCGUCGAGGGAUCCGAUAGAGAAUGAGAUGAGGAUAGUUGUGAAGGAGCUGCAGGCGUUGAAGGCGGGUAGAGACAUUGACAAGGACCUGCUAGGUGGACUGCAGACAGAUGUCGGACUGCUCACGAGGGAGAAGGAAACAAAACAGGUAUGGAUGCACGAAGCACUAACACCCGGCAACAAAAGGGGCACGAUAUCGAUAUCGACAUCGACAUCGACCCCAGAAUGUGAUAAUCGGGGUAAAUCCGGGCUCCAGGUGGAAGAAGCACCAACCGGGGUACUCAGGGAGGAGUUGCGGAAGAUGAAAGAUGUGGAGUUCGGCACUCGGCGAGAAGUGAAGGUUUUGAAGAACUUGAAGAGGAGCACGGACGGGGAAUCGAAGAGAUUAGAAGCAAAGCAAAGAAACGAGAGGCGAAGCUGAACCUGAGGCACCACUGACGGGUGGUACCAACCUCAGCAGUAAGUUAGAGGCAGCGGCGGGCAGUGCACAGAACUUGACAGAAGACGCCCAAAAGAGGAAGACCACGGUUAACGCCAACUAGGAAUG